AUGACAAGCCCUUAUCGGCGCAUUCAAAGCGCAGCCGGAGAUAUCAGGAUCUUGAUAGUCCAACCCGGCCAGCUUCAAGAUCCAUUAACAUGUCACCUCGAGGUUGCCCGCCUCUCACUCGACCAGGGAUCCAAGCCCGAGAAUCCUCCAAGCUACGAAGCAAUUUCAUACUGUUGGGGCGAUCCAACUCCUUGCAAGCCAUGCGAUCUGGACGGUAUCAGCGUCAAGAUCCCUGUCAGCGCAUCAGAAGUCAUCCAUCGUUUCCGCCUCCCCGAUGCUCCCCGAAGGAUAUGGAUAGAUGCCCUCUGUAUCAACCAGCAAGAUAUCACCGAGCGCGGAGAGCAGGUAUCCCUCAUGGGUGCCGUGUACUCGCAGUGUACUCGAUGUUUAAUCUGGCUGGGUCCUGACACUGACAACACGGCCAAGACGGCUUUUGACACAGUGGAUAAAGUGUGCCAUGCCGCGAGGGAGGCUGAUCGAGAGUCCAAGGAUCCCAUGGUUGAGAUGCUAUCCAUGCUAUCGUCGACGAGCUUCACCCGUUCAGUCUUUAACGCGUCGUUUGAACAGAGACUCAAAGGAGAGAGAGGGGAGCCUGUAUUCAACCUCGAGGAUACGCAGCAAGACCUGUUCCGGCUUUUGCGGCGACCAUGGUUCCAGAGGAAAUGGGUCUUUCAAGAAGCAGUCUUGGCCCCAGAGUCAACAGUCUUCUGUGGCACCGAAACAAGGCCUCUAUCCUCCAUCCUCGAAGCAGGCCAUAGUCUGUACCGGCAUCUUGCAUGGUCUCACACUCGAGAGGAAUUCUUGAUGAUCCGAGACCUUCACCUGCUGUGGAGCUAUUUCUCCCCGGAAACAAAUGACGAGCUUCCCGUGGAUUCGAGAACCCUAGUCGCCUUGCUCGCCUUUCUGAGGACAAAGUUUUCCACGGACCCGAAAGACGCCGUGUUCUCAGUCCUUGGCUUGGUAAAGAGGAACGAGAAAACCAACGACUCCUUCCAAGGUCUGUUCAAGGCAGAUUAUCGGCGCUCCCUCAGUGACAUCCUCGCCUCAGCGACGAAAUACGCCAUCAUCGAAACACAGACACUCGAUGUGCUCAGAUUCGUCCGGCCAAGACUAAACGAAGACGUGGAAACCUCCCAAAUCCCGUCUUGGGUUCCCAGAUGGCAUCUUCGGCAUGAGGAUAUAGACAUGGGUGUCAACAGGAUGAGCCCUAACGGGGAGUUUGAUUCCAAUACCAAACUCGAGCUAAUCGAUCCUCUCGACGUUACUUUUCUCAAGUGUCGAGGAGAGAUGAUCGACGAUAUAUGUUACCGGUUUGAUGCACCCAGCAAAGAUGUGGUUAAGGAUGCAUCGGCGCUGGCAACCUUUUUCAAGAGCAUGCGAUCUCUUCUCCGUCGAGAUAUCCUCAGUCAGGUUUUUGAGAGCACGGCGAUCGAUGACACCCAAGCUAGGCGCAUACGCAAUGCUAUCUUGCCUAACCAAAUGUACUCGGCAGAUGAAGAGUCGGCGGUGAUAUCGUCGACACUGAUGAUGGGCCGCCAAUAUCCCAUGCAAGAGUACAGAGGCGAAGAGACCAGUGAUUUUGUGCUUCUUGAAAAGUACCUCGACGAACCCGGACUUGUGCUUCCAACUUUGCCAGACGACGAAGUUAUACCAACAUCAACAUUCAAAGAUCGAUCGCCCGGCGAACAAGCAUUUGUAAGAUUCGCAAUGGUCAUGCGCCUCGCCUUACAUCAUCGAGCCUUCUUCACAACGAGCCGCGGGCUGAUAGGCAUUGGACCGACUACAAUGGAGGUCUGUGAUGUCGUUGUGAUGCUACAUGGGUUUUCUUCGCCUGUUGUGCUUCGACCCAAGGGAGAUGGGUAUGAGUUUCUUGAAAGCUGUUAUGUGCAUGGGUUGAUGGGGGGUCGGGAUGAAUGGCCAGCUGGAGUCGUGGCGAAAGAGGAGAUCAUUUCAAUUCUAUAG